AUGUUUACGAGAAACUUCGACGACAGUGGAAAUUUUUACUACCAACGAGCUGGUGGAGCGCCGAUGCCUCGAGGAAUGCGGUCUACUUUUUCGCGCGAAUUCGCCGCUUAUUCUGUUAUGAUGAUGCCUGGCAAUGAAAGACCUGAUGUGAACGCGGGAGGAAAGAUCAUUAUGCCGCCUUCGUCGUUGGAGACGCUCUCUAGGUUGAAUAUUUCGUAUCCGAUGCUCUUCAAACUUGAGAACCGAGGAAAAGAGCGACAAACACACGCUGGAGUUCUUGAAUUCAUCGCCGAAGAGGGAAAAGUCUAUCUCCCUGGUUGGAUGAUGCGCAAUCUUCUUCUGAACGAAGGCGACAGAAUCGCGAUCACCUACGCUUCUCUUCCUGUAGCGUCGUACUCGAAGUUCAAGCCUCAAUCUUGCGAUUUUCUGGAAAUUUCAAACCCAAAAGCAGUUCUGGAAAAGCACCUUCGUAGUUUUGCGUGUCUAUCAAAAGGAGACAUCAUUUCAAUAGACUACAUCGGACGGGAGUUUGAAGUCCAAAUCGUCGAAACAAAGCCUGAAGAUGCGGUUAACAUCAUCGAGUGCGACAUGAACGUCGAUUUUGAAGCGCCCGUUGGAUACAAAGAGCCAGAGCGAGUCCAGCCGCCAGAAGAAACCCCUGGAUCGUUUGGAACGCCGGAUAUUCAAAAGAAACUAGUCGAUUAUUACGAAAAGCAAACGAACUUUCACUCGUUCCAGGGCAAAGGAGGCCGAAUCGAUGGCAAGAAAAAGGGAACAAAAGGCGUCAAGAAAACGAUCGAUUUGGACAAAAUCUACAAACGGGGCGUACCAAAUUACGAUUGGGAUGGGCGAACUCUUCACUACAUUCAUGCCAAACCAGCGAAAAAGGCGGAAGAAGAAGCUGGCCCGAGUUUUAGCGCGUUUUCUGGGUCCGGACAAGCUCUGAGAACGAAAAAUCAAAGCGAAAUACAGCCUCAUGAAAUUUUUGCAGCACAAAUUGACUUGUAUGAAAUCAGAAAAACUUCAAUUCAAAACUAUUUAAAAAAAUUCUCUGUCACUCUUCUUAAGCCUAAAAGGACAACUGCACUGGACAUCGAUCUUUUUAUUUUGCGGAUAUUCAAUAAACAAUGA